CGUGUGCUCUCCAGUCUUGGAGGCCUGGCUGUCCCUAGAGGAGGGGCAGAGUUCGUACCACUCCUUGAGCGGGGGGGGAAUUGCCGGGGUCACUGUCGAGGACUUCAGGUUCUGCCGGGCGGCGCCAUGGCGGAAAGAAAAGGAACAGCCAAAGUAGACUUUCUGAAGAAGAUUGAGAAAGAAAUACAACAGAAAUGGGAUACCGAGAAAGUGUUUGAGACCAAUGCGUCUGAUUUGGAGGGACAGACCAGCAAGGGCAAGUACUUUGUAACCUUUCCAUUUCCGUAUAUGAAUGGUCGUCUUCAUUUGGGUCACACAUUUUCUUUAUCCAAGUGUGAGUUUGCAGUAGGGUACCAGAGAUUAAAAGGAAAACGCUGUCUGUUUCCCUUUGGCUUACACUGUACUGGGAUGCCGAUUAAGGCAUGUGCUGAUAAGUUGAAAAGAGAAAUAGAGCUGUAUGGUUGCCCCCCUGAUUUCCCAGAUGAAGAAGAAGAAGAGGAAGAGAUGAGUGUUAAAACAGAUGAUAUCAUAAUUAAAGAUAAAGCAAAAGGAAAAAAGAGCAAAGCUGCUGCUAAAGCUGGGUCUUCUAAGUAUCAGUGGGACAUAAUGAAAUCUCUUGGACUGUCUGAUGAAGAGAUUGUAAAAUUUUCUGAUGCAGAACAUUGGCUGGAAUAUUUCCCACCACUGGCUAUUCAAGACCUGAAAAGAAUAGGUUUAAAGGUAGACUGGCGGCGUUCUUUCAUCACCACUGAUGUUAAUCCUUACUAUGAUUCAUUUGUCAGGUGGCAAUUUUUAACACUAAGAGAAAGAAAUAAAAUUAAAUUUGGGAAGCGGCAUACCAUUUAUUCUCCAAAAGAUGGACAGCCUUGCAUGGAUCAUGACAGACAAACUGGAGAGGGUGUUGGACCUCAGGAAUACACUUUAAUCAAAUUGAAAGUGCUGGAGCCAUACCCAUCCAAGUUAAGUGGCCUGAAAGGUAAAAGUAUCUUCUUAGUUGCUGCUACUCUUAGACCUGAGACUAUGUUUGGACAGACAAACUGUUGGGUUCGUCCUAAUCUAAAGUACAUUGGAUUUGAGACGGUGGAUGGUGAUAUAUUCAUCUGUACCCAAAGAGCAGCCAGGAAUAUGUCAUACCAAGGCUUUACCAAAGACAAUGGAGUGGUGCCUGUUGUUAAAGAGUUAAUGGGAGAGGAAAUUCUUGGUGCAUCAUUAUCUGCACCUUUAACAUGCUACAAAGUGAUCUAUGUUCUCCCAAUGCUCACUAUUAAGGAGGAUAAAGGCACUGGUGUGGUCACAAGUGUUCCUUCUGACUCCCCUGAUGAUUUUGCUGCCUUCAGAGACUUGAAGAAAAAGCAAGCCUUACGAGCGAAGUAUGGAAUUAGAGAUGACAUGGUCCUGCCAUUUGAGCCGGUCCCAGUCAUUGAAAUCCCAGGCUUUGGAAAUCUUGCUGCUGUAACUGUUUGUGAUGAGUUGAAAAUUCAGAGCCAGAAUGACCGAGAAAAACUUGCAGAAGCAAAGGAGAAAUUAUAUCUAAAAGGAUUUUAUGAAGGUAUAAUGUUGGUGGAUGGAUUUAAAGGAAAGAAGAUUCAAGAUGUAAAGAAGACUAUUCAGAAAAAGAUGAUAGAUGCUGGGGAUGCACUGAUUUACAUGGAACCCGAGAAACAAGUCAUAUCCAGGUCUUCAGAUGAAUGUGUUGUGGCUCUGUGUGACCAGUGGUACUUAGAUUAUGGAGAAGAACACUGGAAAAAACAUACUUCUCAGUGCUUGAAGAACUUGGAAACAUUCAGUGAGGAGACGAGGAGGAAUUUUGAGGCUUCCUUAGACUGGCUUCAAGAACAUGCUUGCUCAAGAACUUAUGGUUUAGGCACUCGCUUGCCAUGGGAUGAACAAUGGCUUAUCGAGUCACUCUCAGAUUCCACUAUUUACAUGGCGUUCUACACAGUUGCACAUCUGUUGCAGGGGGGUAACUUGAGUGGACAGGCAGAAUCUCCACUUGGAAUCAGGCCACAACAAAUGACAAAGGAAGUUUGGGAUUAUGUUUUCCUUAAAAAUGCUCCAUUUCCUAAGACUCAGAUCCCAAAGGAAAAAUUAGAUCAGUUAAAGCAGGAGUUUGAGUACUGGUAUCCUGUGGAUCUUCGAACUUCUGGAAAGGAUCUUAUUCCAAAUCAUCUUUCAUAUUACCUUUAUAAUCAUGUGGCAAUGUGGCCAGAACAAAGAGACAAAUGGCCUGUAGCUGUUCGAGCAAAUGGACAUCUCCUUCUCAACUCUGAGAAGAUGUCAAAAUCUACAGGCAACUUCCUCACUUUGACUCAAGCUGCUGACAAAUUUUCAGCAGAUGGAAUGCGCUUGGCUCUGGCUGAUGCUGGUGACACUGUGGAAGAUGCCAACUUUGUGGAAGCCAUGGCAGAUGCAGGUAUUCUCCGUCUGUACACCUGGGUGGAGUGGGUGAAAGAAAUGGUUGCCAACUGGGACAGCCUAAGAAGCGGUCCUGCCAGCACUUUCAAUGACAAGGUGUUUGCCAGUGAAAUGAAUGCAGGAAUCAUAAAGACAGAUCAAAAUUAUGAAAAGAUGAUGUUUAAAGAAGCUUUGAAAACAGGGUUUUUUGAGUUUCAGGCUGCAAAAGAUAAAUACCGUGAGUUGGCCAUAGAAGGGAUGCACAGAGACCUCGUGUUCCGCUUUAUAGAAGUUCAGACACUUCUUUUGGCUCCAUUCUGUCCACAUGUGUGUGAGCACAUCUGGACACUCCUGGGGAAGACUGACUCAAUUAUGAAUGCUUCCUGGCCUGUGGCAGGGCCUGUGGAUGAGUCCUUGAUCCGCUCUUCACAGUAUCUCAUGGAAGUAGCACAUGACCUUAGACUACGGCUUAAGAACUAUACAAUGCCAGCUAAAGGGAAGAAGGCAGACAAGCAGCCACCUCAGAGGCCCUCGCAUUGCACCAUUUAUGUGGCCAAGAACUACCCACCAUGGCAGCACAGCACUCUGUCACUUCUGCGUAACCACUUUGAGGCCAACAGUGGAAAAUUGCCUGAUAACAAAGUCAUUGCUAGUGAACUAAGUAAUCUACCAGAGUUAAAGAAAUACAUGAAGAAAGUUAUGCCAUUUGUUGCCAUGAUUAAGGAAAAUGUGGAGAAGAUGGGGCCUCAUGUUUUGGAUUUGCAAUUGGAAUUUGAUGAACAGGCAGUGCUAAUAGAGAAUAUUGUCUACCUGACUAAUUCCCUUGAGCUAGAACACAUAGAAAUCAAGUUUGCCUCUGAAGCAGAAGAUAAAAUCAGGGAAGAUUGUUGUCCUGGGAAACCCCUUAAUGUUUUUAGAACAGAACCUGGUGUGCCAAUUUCCCUAGUAAAUCCCCAGCCAUCUAAUGGCCACUUCUCAACCAAGAUUGAAGUCAGGCAAGGAGAUAAUUGUGAUUCCAUAAUAAGGCGUUUAAUGAAAAUAGACCGAGGAAUCAAAGACCUUUCCAAAGUGAAACUAAUGAGAUUUGAUGAUCCACUAUUGGGGCCUCGGCGAGUUCCAGUCCUAGGGAAAGAGUGCAUUGAAAAGACCCCCAUUUCUGAGCAUGCUACUUUCCAUGUGGACCUCAUGACCAAGAAAAUUCAUCUCUCUGAGAAUGGGCUACAAGCAGAUGUUGGCGAUACAAUUAUUUAUUUAGUUCAUUAAACUUGUAUAAAUUGGAGGUCUAGUAUGGUUCCUAGGGUUGCUACUUACUCAUACCUUCAUUCAAACCAGGAAGAUUUUAUUUCUACUGAUCAACUUCUGUGUGUAAUCAUAAUUAUAUCAAAUUGUCUUUGAUUUCUGGACCUAAUAAACUUGUAUUUUCCAUCUUUAA